AUGGCCAACGGUGGGAAGUCUACCUUUAUAUUAGCGCUACAAGGUCAAAUUACUACUGCCCAGUUCCCUGAACACGACUCGAUUUGGAUACGGUAUAACUUUGUUGCCGGACCCGAUUGGACCUUUCUAUCUGGAGAUACGGAAGGAAUUUCUGCGUCCUGUUUUAGGAAUUCCAAUCAGCGGUUUGUUUUUAAUUUACCGUUUGCCGCAACGUUUCGGACGACGAAUGCAUUUCGAUGGCCCCAACUUGUGAUAACCUGUUUUGGCCGCGAUUUUUGGGGCAACGAAGUCGUGAAAGGCUACGGAGCUGUACCAAUGCCGACCGUGUUGGGAAGGCAUAGAUUAGAAGCAGCAUGUAGCGCUCCUGAACCGUCCUCGGCGUUCCAAGGAUUUAUCGGAAUGGUUACCGGGAAGACACCUGAAUUGAUAGACCCGAAUUUGUUAGCUGGACCCGAUACAAGGGAGGUUUUACGGAUGGCUACCGAGGGAUUGGUAAGCGUGGAAGUUGAUGUGAUGCAUAAAGAUAUGAAACGAAAUGGCUUUGAUUGGGAUAUUGGGACGUUGAGAACACCUUCUACGGCUCCAUUACCCGUCUUAGAAACGCUUUCCUGUUCGGCCGGCCGACAAAACCAGAAGACAAUGGAAGGUGGUGGAUAUCAAGCCUCAUUCAUGGAUCGGGAUCAAUAUGCGCCUCCACCAAAGAGGUUCCGCCCUGAACCCGGUGUCGACCCGACCAACCCAGAUCCAUCCAUUGUUGUUCACGUCCGGAAUCUGUCCAGUAGGGCUACGGAAGCAGAUCUCUUGGAAGCGCUGAGCUCCUUCGGGCAGAUUGCCUACGCAACGGUGAUGCCAAAUAAGCGCAUGGCUCUCGUCGAGUUUGAGUCAAUCGACGCCGCUAAGCAGUGUGUUAAUUUUGCUGCCACAAAGCCGAUUAAUGUGGCUGGAGUUCCGGCACUUUUCAAUUACUCCACUUCGCCGAUGAUCCAGCGACUCGGCCUCGAGAGUGAACGGCCGAAUCAUAUUUUGAUUCUCACCGUAUAUAACGCUCAAUAUCCGAUCACCGUCGAGGUCAUCCAUGAAAUCUGCGCUCCGAAUGGAGAUGUUAAGAAGAUCGCUAUUAUUCGACGGACCUUGCUGCAGGUUCUCGUCGAAUUCUCCGACCAAGAAACAGCUCGUCGUGCCAAAUAUGCUAUGAAUGGAGCUGAUAUCUACUCAGGAUGUUGCACCCUUAAAGUUGAAUUUGCAAAGCCUGACCACGUGAAAGUGACCCGGAACGAUGAGACUCAAUGGGAUUACACUCGCCCUGACCUCGGAGCAGGAGAUGCUGGUGCUCCAGCCCCCGCAUACACACGACGCCCACUAAUCGGGGGAGCCAAUGGAGGUCCCCCAGCACAGUCACACCGUUAUGAACAAGUACCACAGGGAGCCGGCGCUGGCCGACGAGAUGAAUACGGUGGGCGUGACCCAGGCUACGCAGACAACUACGGACGAGACCCAUCACAAAUGACACAAAGUGGCUACAGUGGACACAGCAGUGGGGGUGGACACACAGCUCAUGGAGACUAUGGAUAUGGUGGCAGAUCUGCACCACCGGCCCAUCAAGAACGAUAUGAUUACGGUCGGAGCGGACAUCCAGACAAUGCUCCGCGACUCUCUGGAGGCAGCCCAGUUAUUAUGAUCUAUGGUAUCACGCACGAGACUAUGAACUGCGAGAAGCUGUUCAACAUCCUAUGCCAGUAUGGCAAUGUCGAGCGGAUCAAGUUUAUGAAGAAGAAGACGGAUACGGCUAUGGUUGAGAUGGGACAGCCGGCACAGGUCACGUCAGUGCUCCAAUUCUUACAAGGAAUGGAAAUGUUCGGCUGCAACAUCACUAUCCGCCCCUCCAAGCAAACCGAAGUCCGGGAACAAGGCGCCAUCUUCCAGCUGCCCGAUGGGUCGCCAUCUUUCCGCGAUUACUCAAACUCCCGGAAUCAGCGUUAUUCGACUCCGGAAUUGGCGUUCCGCAAUCGAGUCUGCGCUCCAACAAAUACCAUCCAUUGGUUCAAUGCCCCGGUUACGAUGGAUGUCGAGAAAAUUACAGAGCUAUUCCGCACCGCCGGUGGACCACUUCCAGCCAAGGUGAUGGUCAACCAAAGUCGUACCGAGAAGAGCCGUGCCGGUACUGCCGAAUUUCAUACGAUUGUCGAGGCUAACGAGGCUCUUGCUCUUGCCAAUCACACUCCGGUGGCCACCUCAAUCUCCCGAAUGCCCUUCAUCGUCAAAAUGGCCUACUUUGCUCCCGGUCCAAAAUUCUACGGCGCCCAUGCAAACGAACAUGAA